GGUUUCGUUUUGUGAUUCGUUCUUGCUUGGCUUUGCGUAAAUUCAAAAACGUAAAUCGUUUCUUCUGCUGCUACGCAGGAUUCUUUUGCUAGUAUCCUUUCUACCUUGUGCGUUGUCGUCCAAGAUUGCAUUCGUUCCAUAGCAUUACCCGAAUCUCUUCUUUCGUUCCGGUUCGUUUCGGCUCGCUUCGAUGAUUCAGCCGAGCCCGGCGUUCCACGGGGAAGGGGAGGUCAGGAGCUCGUUCCGUGCCUCGUCGUCGCACACUUCCAGCAUGACCCUAAAGCACUUGUCGAGGUCGAAGACGUCCCUCCCGUCCUUGUUGCUCCGCAGAGAGCUCUCCAUGUCGAUCCACACCCCCUCCGCGAAAGAAAGCGCCAGAGCCGAUCCCUCGUUCGCGGCCCUGAUCUGGUCGACAACGGCCCCGACGUUGUGGGGGCCGAUCCCCCCCGCGUACCCGACGCGGCAGGGCGUGGUGGGGGGGAUCGGUGGCCACCCUUCCUUUGGGAGGACGCCCGUCCCCUUGGAUUCGUCCAAUAGCAUGGAAACGUUGGCCGGAAAGGCCCCUUUGUUGUCUUCGAACGCCGCCAGGACGCCCCCCCACAGGGGCUCGGUCUCGUCGUUUUUCUGCAGGAUGAACUCGAGCCCGGGGUGCUUUUCGGCGACGGACAAAAAUCCCGAGAGGAAAUCGCAACCGGUCUCGCCGCUUUCAAAGACGGAGGUGUCCACCCCGUUGACGGCGGUCGCGUUGAUCUGGACGCGCCCAAAGCCCCACCUUGGGAGCCUUGCCACGAAGGCGUCGUCUCCCUUCAGGACCUCGUCGACGCGGGUGCCGCAGAGGUGGGCGGCCAGCUUCAUCGUGCCCCCGAGGCUCUCGCUCGCUUCCGCCAGCCGACGGACCCAUUCCCCGGUAGGGUACCGGGGCUGGCCCUCCUUGUCGGGCCGGAAGAGGACCCCGAACUCGACAAAGGGGUACAGGUGGGCGUAUGCGACCAGCUGCUUGGGGUGGACGGAAUCGUCGACCCCGCAGAGGCCGACGGCGCGGAGUUUCAUGGCUUUGGUGAGAUCGGUGCUUGAGGGAAACGGUCGAAUCGCGCUGCUACAAAGUGUGUCGUGUCGUGUCGUGUCGUGUCGGUGGGGUUGGCGAUAUUCCGGUAUUGCCUUGCGUUGCGUUGUGUGAUUUGGUUUUGGUUUUGUGAUGAGCUUUCAAGUCUUUUUUUUUCUCGUGUUGGGAACGGAAGAAUGCCAUCAUCGGCACGACUCUUUCGCAUAGCGCCAAGGAAAAGAAUCUCGACAGAAUGACAUCAUCGAAUGGGAAUGAUCUGAACGAGACGGAGAGAGAACACGAAAGAUAUUCGAAUUCUCAUUGCUCAUUUUGAAAAUCGAAAAUCGAUUGAUGAUUGAUUCUUUCAUUCACGAGUUCUUGGUCAAAACGACUCCUCCGAACAAUUGCGUGCACGACUGGAAUCAGACCGGAAUGAAGAUACACGAUUUUCCGACUGCCACAGUGCGUACAGUACCAAGUACUAGUAGUAUGAUACGUAUCCUGUUUGUCUAGUGCAAUACUAUUAGAAAGAUACGAUAUGCUCUGUAAAACCCCAAGUAAUACCGUAGUUCAAUUGCUCUGAUACAACAUAUUCUUGUCAUCAUUACUGAGCAUUUUUUCCUAUAGCCUCUUCCUCCAGCCAAGGCGACCAUAAUGAAGGGAAUCAUUUUAUCGAAACCAAUUCUAGCUAGAUGUGGACUCCUUAGUAGUGUACGAUAAUACGUGGUUUUCGUAAAGCUGGACGAUUUCGGGAUGGCUCUAUUACAAGGAAUUGUUGAGUAGUAAAUCGGGCUACUCUGGUUGACUUUGUGGUGUAGGGGUUUCACCAUGAGCAGAGGUAAGUCUGCUGUUGCUCAUAACCUGCGAAAUCUAGGUGGACUCCUUAGUGUACGAUAAUACCUGGUUUGCAAUAAAGAGUCAGCUUAUUCACUAUCAACUCGUGAUUUAGGCUCACACUUAAUGAAUGAAACAACAAUGGGUUUUCUUCUUAUCGUGAAAUUCUCGGAGUUACAAAAUAUUUUAGAAUGAGUCCUGGACUUUGCCCUGUUUCCAUACGGAUUCAAACGAUCCGAACAGAGCGUUUCCCGACCGUGCAGCAAUGCAUUGAUUGGUUCCAUCUCGAAGCAUUGUUUUUGCAAUCGUCACCGUUGUCAAGAUACUAAAACCGAAGCAUUUGUCACAAGCUUCUGUACAGCACGGACACUCUGUUCCUUGCUACUUUUUGGUCCUCUUUGGCAUCCGUAGCACAACUGCGUAUUGGAAUUGCGUGCAGAAGGGGAAGGAUGGUGGGGUUGGGGGAAGGCAUCGCCCAAGGCACCACCCCGCACCGAGCACGUCGUGGCACGGCACGGCACGCCCGGCCGGCCGUUGGCUCGCGCCGCGUCACGGAAGGUAUCCCACGGCACGGGCCCACCGGACCAGCUCCGUCUUGGAUUCCGUCUCGGUCCGCUCGCACAGGCUCUUGAUCAGCCGGUGAACCGCGGCCGUCGUUCCCUCCCCACCGCUCUCGCUCCCGCCGGCCUCCUCCCCCCGGCCCGGCCAGAUGGCCCGGGCCAUUUCCCGCGGCGUGCUCCCCUCCGAGAGGAGCCGGAUCGCCGUUCGCUCGCGCUCGGUCAGGACCACGUCGGUCAUCCGCACCGUCGCCGCCGCGUUCUGCGCCACGAGGGCCUUGAUGGUUUCGACCUCCCUCUGGAGGGCCCGGAGGUCGUCGGGGUGGGCGUUGCUUCCGCCGGAAGCGUGCCCCCCGGGAAGGGCCGUCGUCGUGGGCUUGAGCCGCUGCUGCCUCCGCCGGAUGAGGUUGUCGAGGAUGCUCACGAGUUCCUCGGGCGCAAAGGGCUUGGGCACCACCACGUCGGCCCCCGCUUGGUAGCCCCGGAUCCGGUCGUCCGUCAUGGCCUUGGCCGUCAAAAGGACGAUGGGAACGGUCUUGAGUGGGGCCAGAAAGGCGUUUGUGCCCAGAUCGGUGCCGGAGGAAGGAGAGGACUCCCCGGCCGACCGCAGGAAUUCCACGAGCUCGUAGCCGUUCUUGUCGCUCUCGGGCAUCCGAACGUCGCUGACGAUCACGUCGGGGAGCCGGGGAGUACCGGCCUCGCUUCCGCGGCUGCUUUCGCUCUUGCGGCCCUGCUUGUUCCGGAGGGCGAUCAGGUCCAGGAGGGAACCCGCGUCGGCGCACGCGGUUACCUCGUAUCCCCGGUCGUACAAAAAGUCUCCCACGGCGAACCGGAUGGAUUCCUCGUCGUCCACCAGCACCACCCAUUGCUGGUUCCGUCUCUUGAACAAGUCGUCGUUGUUUUUGUUGCCAUCCUCGCCGCCGUCACUGCCAUUGCUGCUGCUGCCAUUGCUGCUGCCAACAUCUCCAUCGCGUGGCUGGUUCCCGGGGUGCGACGACGCUAUCGCGGUUGUUGAUCUUUUGGUUGUCGUGCCGUUCGUUCCGGAACGUGUUUUGCGUGCCCCUCGCGGCAGUUCUUCCUGCACACGGAGCAAACGAUCCUGCACACUGUUUCGCCACCGGGGUGCUGGAUUCGGGAACGAGACAAACGCCGGUGGUGGCGGGCACGGGGCUGCGCUUGCACCCGCGGUUCCUUCCAAAGCCACCAGAGAAAUCGUUGUGGCGAAUGUUAACGAGAAGCAGACCACAAAACACCACUGGCAAAGGAAGCCACCGCGAUCGCGAGUCGAAGGCGGGGCCGUCACCGGGCGAUGCGAAGAGGCCCUCAUGCCAUCGGUAUCUCUGUUUUGUCCGCGAGACUGACUCGACCAACAGCAACAGUGAGUUCGGAAGAGGGUCCUGAUCAGGGAGCAC